CCGAACCACCAUUGUCAUCUUCAAAUCCUUCCUCCGCGGCUAAUUGGGCUCAAGCCCGCAAGCGGCCCUAAAAGCCCGCAAAUUGGCCAGAGGGAGAGGCCCUUUCAGUGCUUGCGUUACCGCCGCCCCUCGAGGGCCCGCUCAGCCGCAGGAGCCAUGGCCGCGCGCGGCGAGCAGGAAGAGCAGCCCCUCGCGGGGCUCAGCGCGGCCCCGGGCGCUCCUCUCGCCCUGGACCCGGAGACCGGGGGCGCCGAGGGGGAGCCGAGCCCGUGGCGGCCGCGCGCGCGCGGUCGUCGCCGCCUUGGUGGCCUGCGCCGUGCUCGCCGCACUGGUGGCGGUCGGUCCGCGGCGGAUCCGCGCAGCCGCGCGGCAGGUCGAGGUCGGGCCAGGAGCGCUGGGCUCCACGGUGUCGCUCGCCCUGUCCGAUCAGGAGUACAACGAGAUGUUGGACGGGAUGAAUGAAUUACGCAUGAAGAGAGGCCUUUCUUCCCUCUGCUACAACGAGAAGCUCAACAAGGCAGCGCAGCUGCACGCCGACGACUGUCGUGAACGCAAUUUCUGGUCGCACGUCGGGAGUGACGGCAGCAGGAUUGAAGACCGCAUAGCCAAUGUGGGUUACGAUGCCUUCACGGAGGGGGAGGAGCUCUUCGGGGGAGAAGGCGUGACUGUCUCCGACGUAAUAUUCGGUUGGAGUCACCAUUUGCACGCCCAGGUCAAUUUCUAUUUUUCUCACUUUUCCCACUUCGGCUUCGCAAGGAGCGGAUCAGUUUGGGUGGGGCUAUGGGCCCUUCCAGAAGGAAAGGAGGCCUGCAUGCAGGCCGGGGGCGGCGCGGAUGGGCACGGCGGCCUGUGCAGAGACUUCGUGCCCGCGGGCGAGUCGUCCUGGCACGACUCCGACGGGGAAACGUGCGCCUGGUACGCAAUUGGCAAUCAUUGCGCGGAUCACGGCCACCUUUACAAGAACUUCGGCCACACCGCCGACACGGCUUGCUGCGCUUGCGGUCGCGUCGAGGGCGGCGGUUGUAUGGAUUUGGUGCCAGACGGGUGGAAGGUGUGGUACGACAGUCAUCGCAAUCAAUGCGACUAUUAUGGACGGGAUGACCUCUGCCAGAGAUACGGCGGCCAUUUUCCCAAUGGGGGUUUGACGGCCAGAAUGGCCUGUUGCGUUUGCGGUGGUGGCCGCACGCUUUCCGAAGAACCAACGUCAGAUUUUUUAGCACCCCCCCCGCCUUCCAGUGGUUUGGGCUGCCGCGAAGAUUGCCAAGAUUCCGCGGAGUGCCAUUCGACCCUAUUCUGCUGUCCCAGGCACCAUAUUUGCAUGGACCCUGUGACAUUAUCAGCUUUUGGGUCGAACUGCGACGCAGUCGAUCAAUCUAAUCACGCCUAGGUGUCAACGCAAUUUGAGUGGGCGACUGCUCGCCUGCGUGCAGUAGCGCGGUUGUGCUUGGAGCGUCGAUGUCGGGUGUAGGCCGGCAGCUUGUACCUCAGUGCGCCUUUGACGGAUGAAGGAAUUACAGGUGGGACCGUCCCAAGCGCGCGUCGAUUUUUUUGCCGGAUUGGUUGGGGUCUUGCGUUAAUUAGGUGCUUGGCUUCAUAUCGGGGAAACGUAAGACUCGAGUAAGCCGGAAUUCGUGUUUGCCGACGUUUUUUUGACGAGC